UGUCAGGGGGUGUGCGCCUUCGCUCCUCCAGCUGUCACUCAUGAGGUCACUUCCUGCGGGUGUGAGCUCCAUGGCUCUGCUUUGUAUGGACAUGGUGGGGGAUUUUUGACAGCGGCAGCGCUGCUGGGAAACAAACAAGGACGUGGUUCAGGAGCGAGAGGGGGGGAACUAUUUUUUCCCUCCUCGCUCCUCUCUCGAUCUCACACACCCCGAGCCGCUUCUCAAGCCUGCGAGAUUUCCCGAGGAUAUGGCGGCUUCGGAUCGGGCUGUCUGGUGUAAGUCUGAUGAGUGAGAGUGCUGGCAGCCUGCUCCUCCACCACGAUGGUCGACAUGGAGAGCCACUACCAUCCCCCCUCGCCCCUGGAGGACUCAGUGCUGGGCAGCCCCCUGUGCGCCGAUGACGACUUCAUGGGCGGCAUGGAGGAGCUCCAAGACAUCUCCCAGUCCAUCGACAAUGACGCCCUCAGCUCCUUUGAUGUCCCCGAAUACCAGUCGUCCAGCAAUGGCUCUGAAGGUUCCACUGUUCUAGAUGCCCUGACGCCAGCAUCCAGCCCGUCAUCGGUUGUUUAUGGGAUGGCGGCGGGCCAGGAGGACUUCUCAUCUGCCUCCUCGUCGCUCAAUCUGGAGUGUCGGGUUUGUGCUGACCGAGCCUCGGGCUACCACUAUGGAGUCCACGCCUGCGAGGGCUGCAAGGGUUUUUUUCGGCGGACCAUCCGUCUGAAGCUGGAGUAUGACAAGUGCGAGCGCCGCUGCAAGAUCCAAAAAAAGAACCGCAACAAGUGCCAAUACUGCCGCUUCCAGAAGUGCCUGUCGGUGGGCAUGUCCCACAACGCCAUCCGUUUUGGUCGGAUGCCCCAAUCAGAGAAGCUAAAGCUGAAGGCGGAGAUGGUAACGGGGGACAGGGAUGUGGAAGACCCCCAGGUAGCCGACCAGAAGACGCUGGCACGGCAGAUUUACGAGGCCUACCUCAAGAACUUCAACAUGAACAAGGCCAAGGCUCGAACCAUUCUCACCGGCAAGACCAGCACCCCUCCUUUCGUCAUCCACGACAUGGAGACCCUCCAGCUGGCAGAGCAGACGCUGGUGGCGAAGAUGGUGGGCUCAGUGGGAUCACUGAAGGACAGGGAGGCAGAAGUUCGGAUUUUCCACUGCUGCCAGUGCACGUCGGUGGAAACCGUCACCGAGCUCACAGAGUUCGCAAAGUCCGUCCCCGGGUUCUCGAGCCUGGACCUCAACGAUCAGGUGACUCUUUUGAAAUACGGCGUGUACGAGGCCCUCUUCGCCAUGCUCGCCUCCAGUAUGAACAAGGACGGGCUUCUUGUAGCAUACGGCUCAGGCUUCAUCACCCGGGAAUUCCUCAAGAGCCUGCGGCGGCCGUUCAGUGACAUGAUGGAGCCAAAGUUCCAGUUUGCGAUGAAGUUUAACACGCUGGAGCUGGACGACAGUGACCUGGCUCUGUUUGUGGCUGCUAUCAUCUGCUGCGGAGACCGCCCAGGCCUGGUGAACGUUGCACACAUCGAGCGGAUGCAGGAGAGCAUUGUGCAGGUGCUACAGCUCCAUCUGCUGGCCAACCACCCGGACGACUCUUUCCUCUUCCCCAAGCUGCUGCAGAAACUGGCUGACCUCCGGCAGCUGGUCACUGAGCACGCACAGCUGGUGCAGGAGAUCAAAAAGACAGAGGACACCUCACUGCACCCUCUCCUGCAGGAGAUCUACAGAGACAUGUACUGAGGGGGGUUGUGGAGGAAUAACCAGAAGAGGCACUCUACAAAUCAUCUCCUCAUUUUCAGGGACAGAAGAAGAAGUAGAGUCCUCCAUAAGCUAGGUCGAACCACUUAAUAAUGCAGCAAGAGUUAGCUUUGGCUUCUGGUUGGCACAGGAGGUCCCGUUAAGGCCCUGGCAAGAGGCUGAUGAUUCUCAUGGUCUGACACAGUGCUCUUCACUCCAUUGUAUGGACCUUCAUUGGCAGAACAGUCAUGUGUGCAGACAUGAUGUGCAGCUGAUAGAGCCCCUAUCUAGAUACCAGUGUAUGCAAUGUCUGACCAAACACUAAUUUGAAGUAUCUGAGGUGAUCUCCAUGCUUAUCCCUGUCCGACCCUAAAUGAACCCUAAAAUGAGGAAAGAAAUUGAACUUGAUAGUCACCACUCCAGCAUUAUGCUUGAAAGUAGAUUUUUAGAGUGAUGUCAAAGAGCAAAGAGCCAUAUAUACCUUCAUAACGAAAAAACACCCAAAUGAUGUCAGUUGGCAGCAGCAUUAAGACGGUAACGAUAUCAUUUUCAAGCAGGGCAGCUUUUGACAAAAUGGCUGUCAGUGAUGGGUGGUGAUGGUUAUCAAGCACAGCACCUCCCAGUGUGAUUCUUCACCUUUUUGUACGCAGAGACACAGCUGCGGUGCCACCAGGCUCCCGAACAUAAUCAUUUAUUUGUACUGUAAGUCUUCUAAGCCAUACUGUGUUUGUAAUGAUACUGGAAAUCAACGUCUUUCAUAUUCUUCUCUCUUCCUAGUGAGUCGUCAUCAAGACUUGGGAUGGAUCAUCAUCACUUGUCACUCAACGUGUCCACAAACUGCACAGGCAAUAGUAUUUUUACGCUUCAGAAUAAGAACGCAAAACUUAAGUUUGUAAGAAGUGUUGAGGUUUUUCAAGACUGAAGUGAUCACAGGCACAGAUUCACUCUAUACAGGCACCGCAAUGCACAUCUGAAGCACGAACACGCCUGCGAUAUGUUAAUAUGAUACUGUUUUAUACUCUGUUAAAUGCCUUGUUCACAGUGCAAAGACAUUUGGCACUCCAUCCUGUUUUCAGUCCCGGUGUUUAAGGGCUAACACCAAGAUAAACCGCAUUACAACCUUAAUACAGGCAGACUUAACGUGGAUUUGCCAGAAAUGAAUUAAUCUGUUUCUUAAUGUCUCACCCGGUGAAGCCCUGUUCCUAUAAAAAUACAUGUCAUUAUAUAUAUUUUUCUCCUCUCAGUUAGUCAUGUUGUGUCUCUCCUCCUUCUCCUGUCAGUGUUUCUGCCUUCUAUUGUAUUUCACUGGCUGUUUGCUCCUCAUAACACAUGCAGUUGAUUAAGAUUCAGGGGUCUUACGUGCAGAUUUUUUAUACGAUGGCAAAUGAUUUUCCUAGAGGGAAAUCACAAUGUGAUUGCCUCCUCGUUAACAGUUAUUUUUGUUGUCACAGAAAAGUGUUCUGUUUUGCUCUUGUAGUUUCUCUAAAAUUUCCUGGCCAUUUUUGGCAAAAUCAAAAGACAAGGCAAAAACAAGCAUGUGGCCAUCUGCACUUACUUUAGUCUUAGUAAGAUAAAUCCCUUUCAGUCUUUUUAGACAUUUAAAGAAUAGCUUUUUCUAACAAUUAGACAAGUGUCUGGUGACGGAUGAAGACCAAAUGCAUUUCCACAAGAUGGUUUUGUCCUCUAUCAUGACGAUUACCGUAAAACUUCAAUUAGUAGCCCGGGCUAUUAUUUGCUUAAAUCACUGAAAUCAACUUAUAUUUGAGACAGGCUUUUAAUUCCCUUCACACAAAACUGUUAAUCAGUAAAGAUGGGAUAUACAAUCAAAUUGUUGAUUUAAACCAGUAUGAAUAUUACUUAUUUAAGAAUUAGGCUUCAGCACAUCAGAGUGAGAGCUACAGCACUCGAGGAUUUCGGCACCUGACAUACCAACACAACACCACUUUAUCUUGUUAAAACAAUGCUCACAACUUGGAUUCAUUUUUAUGAAAAACCCUUUUGAUUCUUCUGAUCUGAGGACCUUACGGACUAAAGGAAUAUGAAUAACUUACAGGGUAAUCGAGGAAUAGACACAUAAUCUGAGGUAGCCAACAACCCAUGAACUGCUUGGCAACCAGACCAGGCCUCUAAUUGAGACAGGCCUUUCUUAGUAAAAGAGACUGGUGCUGUGUCUCAAAUCGCGUUCUUCCGUUAGUAUACUGUGUUCACUAUGUUCUUAUUGCCGUAGUGCGCGAAUUUCGACAGGGUAGUAUUGUCUCACACCAAACACGACCGUUGUGCACUCACCGGAAAUGACGACCGCAAAUUAGCUAGUUAGCAAACUAGCAUUAGCAUUCGCAGUAGCAAAUCAUUACAGACUGCUAAAUGAACCCAAUAAACAUACUGCUGGCUCAUACCCGACAACAGUAUAGUGGUGUUUAGUGCAAAAAAACCACGUUUGUACAAUGCAGCGCCGUUCACGGUCGCACAGUCCUCGGCCGCCAUUUCCACUUUGAAAAGUGGUCCCUCCCCUUCCUCUACGUAGCCAAGAUGGCGACCACUGAGGGCGAGAAGUGUCCAUAGUUCCACACUCAACUUCUUGACCGUUUUUUUUUUUGAGCGCACCAUCCGGGUGCUCAUAGUGCACUGCAUUUUUCCAUACUUCUCAGUGUGAACGCACUUAUGCACUCAAAAUAUUAAUAAGUACAGAAGUACGUGAUUUGAGACACAGCAUGGGUGUUUAAUUGGGACUAGGCUUUUAAUUGAAGUUUUACGGUACGUUGCAUGUGAAGAGGCCACUCCUGUGUUUUGUUAUAACACUGCCUUUUGUAGUAAAUGAACAUGCGACAGUGAAGUCAUGCAUGGCUGAUAGUUUGGAUGAUAGAAAUGUAAAUGCCCCACAUUUACUUAUCCAACCAAAAUCUCCUAAAAUCAUCACAAAUCGAUGACAAGAAAUGGACCUUGUGUUUAUAAUUACAUCCCAUUGUAUAAACAGAGUAUGUACAUAGCUGAAACGAUCACACCGACUGCUCGCCCUGACUUUUAACCCCACAAGGUAUACAAGAUACUAAUGGCAAUCAACUUUGGUAUCCCUCCGUUUGUUAAAUACUUUUACAGUAAAUGUAGUUAUGUACUGUAUGUUCUUUUUACUUAAAUGCCACACACUUGUGUUAUAAUUGAAUUGGAUCAUAUUUUCAUACUAAAGUAUAUAUAUAUGACUAAAUCAGAUAAUUGUGUAUUUGAAAUGGCACGACUGAUGAGUGCAGUGUAAAUAGACUUAAGGGUAACAGGGCAACUGGUAAUCUGAGUAUCCAUAGAUCUGAAUUCCCGUCGGGGACAUUCCUUUUUUGUUUAUUGCUAUUUUUAGAUCGAGAACCAUCAAUGCUGCAGCGUGCAUUCAGCUCAUUUCAACUGUGCUUCUUUGUUUUGUUAAAUUAAACACUUAUGAUUUAAAGUGAAAGCAUAUGUGGGCCGUGCAGGGCUGCAUUCGCCCACAGCUUUGGGUGGUUGAUUUCAAACCUGACCUCCCGUGACCUUUUAUCAGUUGCAAAAAAUCAAGCUACAGCCCAGCACUGAUCACACAAUAUCAGUCUCCUCUUUUUAUACUCUGUUCUCAGGUUGCAUAUUUUUAACAAGUUGGGUAAUAUAUGCACAGAAUUUCAUCAUUAUUAUCAGAAAUCAUCCAUAAUUAGCUCCUGUUGUUGAACAAACACGCUUGUUUUUCUGUUGCUGUUGAAACGAUAGAGAAACUGAGUGCUCUCAUGAUUUGCAUCACAUCACGUGCUAUUACAGUCAAGAAGAUGCAGUAAUGAAAAUGCAGUAUGUACUGUUUUAUAAUCCUGUUUGUGUCGCGCUUUUUUGUCUCGACUUUUCUCUCCUCACUCGCUGCUAUAUUGUACUAACUCACCAAACAUUAUGCCAUGAGUAGAUUACUGACCUUCAAGCUGCCUCUACUUACUUAAUAUAUCUUCUCACAGAAUGUCAGUCCCACAUGCAGAACUCAUUCAGCGCAGCUCGGGUUUUUUCCCUUUCGUGAGAUUCCUGGGACUUUGUAGUUCCCGGGUACGCGCCGGGAUUAACCACAAACAAUCUGUGCCUUAGCGUGUGCCCAUGCCAUAAAACACCAGAGAUUCAUAAAGAAGACUUGACUGGUGCACACACUUUAAAACUGUUUGUGUCGUCGGCUGGAAUCAGCUGACACAACAGGGCCGCGCAGACAGGAAAUGAUGUCACAGCAGAUUUAGGAAACCUAUGUACAGCAAGACAGAGGCUCAAAUGUGCUAUUGAAGCCGGUACAGAAUAGCAACAAUGAAGGAAUUGCUUAAAAAAGGACGGACGUUUGAAACUAAACACACAAUGUUUGACACACUAGAGCCCCGGAGGAGAUGUUGUGUAAAUUUGUGAUGUCUGCUUACCCUUAGGAAUGUCUGUUUUGUGUUGAAUUGACAAGGGACGUUUUAACUUGUAUCAGGGAAACCUAGUCUUCCUUUGUUGAACUAGCUCAGGACCUAGAAAGAUACUGUUCUUCCUUCUUUAUCUCUGUCUCUCUUUUAUUCUGUCUGGAAGACGUUUAUUAGUGCUCUGCCUUACAGCGCGCACACACACACACACACACACACACACACACCAACA